AUGGGUAAGGGUAAACCUCGCCUACUGCUGAAUCAUCGUCCAUCCAUUCAUCCUAGCAAGAUGCAGAUUAAAUCAGGCUACUACAUCGGCAUCGACGUCGGCACCGGCAGCGCUCGCGCCUGCAUCAUCGAUCACAAUGGCGACAUUGUCGGCCUGGCAUCCAAGGACAUUGGGCUCUGGCAACCAGAGCAGCAGCACUACGAACAAUCGACUCUGAACAUCUGGCAAUGCAUUUGCGCCUCAGUCCAGCAAGCCCUAGCCGAGCGUGCCAUCCCUUCCUCCCAGGUCCACGGCAUCGGCUUCGACGCAACCUGUUCACUCGCUGUUUUUUCCAAGACAACAAAUAAACCCGUCUCGGUGACCCGUCAAGGAGGGUUCAGUACCGAGCGAAACGUUAUUUUAUGGCUUGACCACCGCGCAGUCAAGGAGACUGAGCUGAUCAAUGCUACAGGGCACAAGGUGCUCAAGUAUGUCGGCGGCACCAUGUCGCCUGAGAUGGAAAUGCCCAAGAUCCUAUGGCUCAAGAACCAGAUGCCGCCAGAAGUGUUUGCCGACUGCAAGUUCUAUGACCUGGUUGAUGCGCUAACACAUAUUGCGACGGGCGAGGAGACGAGAAGCUACUGUAGUUUGGUGUGUAAGCAGGGGUAUCUGCCGAGCCAGGUGGAAGGGAGUACGACUGGGUGGCAAGGGGACUUUCUAGAAAGCAUUGGACUUGGAGAGCUUGCUGCGGAUGGGUUUGCGCGUAUUGGGGGCGUGAAUGGGGAGACCGGCCAGCACCUCAGCGCAGGCGAGCGUGCUGGGAGACUCUCCGCACGCGCAGCGAAGGAGCUCGGUCUGCCCCCUGGGAUUGCCGUCGGGGCUGGGGUGAUCGAUGCCUAUGCAGGGUGGAUUGGCACUGUCGGCACCAAGAUCGAUGGCGUUGACGUAGUGGGCAAUCACAACAGGGCAGACGCUUUCAAUCGUCUCGCCGCAGUAGCAGGGACAUCAACCUGCCACAUCGCCAUGUCUUCCAAUCCGGUUUUCGUCCCCGGCGUAUGGGGUCCAUAUCGCGAUACCGUCUUCCGUGGGUGCUGGAUGGCCGAAGGAGGCCAGUCUGCCACGGGUCAGCUGCUGAAACAUGUUCUCGACACCCAUCCCGCAUCGAAAUCUGCCUUUGCCGUUGCUGCUGACCGCGGGUUGGAUAUUUUUUCGUUUCUAGACGGCCAUCUCGCUGCACUAGCUGCGAAACAGAACCUACCGUGUAUCGCCGCUCUCGCCCGACACUUCUUCUUCUACGGCGACUUCUUCGGGAACAGAUCACCCCUGGCGGACCCGAACAUGACCGGGUCCGUCGUUGGUCUCACUGCCGAUACCUCGAUUGACAGCCUGGCCAUACAUUACUACGGCACGCUCGAGUUCAUCGCACUGCAGACGAGACAAAUCGUCGAGACGAUGAACAAGGCUGGGCAUGCUAUUACCUCGAUCUUUAUGUCUGGAUCGCAGUGUAAGAAUAGGACUCUAGUCAAACUCAUCGCCACGGCGUGCAACAUGCCCGUUAUUGUCCCGCGAGGCCGCCACGUCGAGGCCGCGGUGUGUCAUGGAGCAGCCAUGUUGGGCGUCAAGGCGGCUAAUCUGGAUGCCCCGGGGAAGACUGUGGACUUGUGGGAUGUAAUUGAACAGACGAGCAAACCCGGGGAUGUCUGUCAUCCAACAACGGCGGAAUACGAAAGGGCACUGCUUGCUGCAAAGUAUCAAGUGUUUCUGGACCAAUGUACACGGCAGCGCGAGUAUCGAGAGAUGGUGGACAGGGUAGCCUUUCCGAAUCAAGUGUAG